CAUACCUUGGGGUUUCCGCCCCUUGCGCUUGCCGUAUUUACCUGGACUCGGACACCUUGACGUCCUCUUCUUUUAAACCGGUUUGAGCUCGGUCCUGCCGCUGUGUCUCAGGAUGUGAGCCGAACCUCUGCGGUCCGGACGGCUCCGUGAAGGUCUCACAGGUGUGAUGGACAGGUAUGAGGUGGUCCGUCAGAUUGGACAGGGUGCGUUUGGUAAAGCCUUCCUGGUCCGAGACAAAGAUGGAGGUGGAGACAGACAGAGCGUGGUCAAACAGAUCGACCUCAGGAAGAUGUCGGCGAGGGAAAAGGACGCGUCCAACAAAGAAGUGACGCUGCUGUCCAAGAUGAGACACCCCAACAUCGUCACCUUCAUCAGCUCCUUUCAAGAGAGGGGCAGCCUGUUUAUAGUGAUGGAGUACUGUGACGGAGGAGAUCUGAUGAAGAAGAUCAACCAACAGAGAGGAGUCCACUUCACUGAGGAGCAGAUCAUCAGCUGGUUUGUUCAGAUCUGUUUGGGCCUCAAACACAUCCACGACAGGAAGAUACUGCACCGAGACAUCAAAGCUCAGAAUAUCUUCUUAACCAACGGAGGGAUGAAAGUGAAGCUCGGCGACUUUGGCAUUGCAAGAAUGUUGAAUAACACCAUGGAGCUGGCCAGGACGUGUGUGGGGACGCCGUACUACCUGUCCCCAGAGAUCUGUGAGAGUCGACCCUACAACAACAAGACGGAUAUCUGGUCUCUGGGCUGCGUCCUGUAUGAACUCUGCACCCUGAGGCAUCCAUUUGAUGGCAGCAGUCUGCGGCAGCUGGUCAGUAAAAUCUGCAGGGGGCGCUACAACCCAGUACCCAGCCGCUACUCAUAUGAGCUCCGCCUGCUGCUCACCCAACUCUUCAAGGUGAACCCUCGGGACCGUCCGUCCGUCAGCUCCGUCCUCAAGCGUCCUCUCCUGGAGAAACACAUCAGCAAACACCUGGACCCACAGGUGAUGCAGGAGGAGUUCAGCCACACGGUGCUUCAUAGAAACAGAGCAGCAGCUGCUGGAGUGUGUCAGGCUGCUAAAACCAGAGCAGAGAAGAUCCAGAAGUCCAGACCUGCAGACAGACCUGGUUCUGCUGUGAAGAGACCGGACUGGAGAGUCCAGCUCAGAGUGUACAGCCCAGCACAGCACAAAGUAAUGAUGCCUCUUCGUCACAGAGCAGCUGCAGGCCGAGGCAACGCAGGACAGCUGAACCACAGGUGCAGGUUUAGCGGGCAGCAGCUGGGCAGCCAUUACCAACACUACCACGCUCAGCUGGACGCCUUCCAGAGGAGGAACAAGGAGGACCUCCUUCCUCCUGCUGCUCCUCCUCCUCCUGCUCCUCCUCAUGAAGACCUCUCUGUGGAGCCGUACCAGCUUGUGGCUGCAGCUCGGCAUGAAUACCUGCAGAGGAGACACGAGGCGAACCAGUACAAGCUGAGAGCUGAGAAGCAGCUGGGUCUGCGUCCGUGUACUGCGGAGCGGAGCAGGAAGCAGGAAGUGAGACUACCUGAGCACCCACAUACACCUCAGGACAGGAAGGAGGAGGGACAGCAGGAGUACCUCCGUCAGCUGGAGGACAUCAGACAGAAGUAUCAUCAGGAGAUGAGACAGAAGAGGCUGAGAGCUGAAGCUGAAGCACAGCCACAACACAAACAAGGAACCUUUGGUGGAUGGAACACCGAGUCCACCAGUAACCUUUACAAGAGCACAGAGCCCCACCUGUACAGACGUCCUUCCCACAACGACAUGGAGGCAGCUCUGAUGCAGAUCAGAGAGGACAGAGGACAGAGAACACCUGACAGGAAACACAAAGACAAGAAAGGAAUCAUGUUUGAGAUCCGGUUGGACGAUGAAGAGACAGCGGAGGACGCAGAGGACGAGGAGGCUGAUGGACGACUGAAGGACGAGGAAGUGGACCCUCUGAACCAGACUCUGAGCUUCCAGGAGGGCGAGGAGCUGAAGCUCAGGGAUUGGUCGGAGGAGAGGAGGGGGUGGAGCCAGAGGACUCCUCAGACGCUGCUGGACGCACUCGCCAACAUGGACGUCAACUCGGUCUACAAUACCGCGGUGGGGGCGGAGCAAGGUGAGGAGGCAGCAGGUCGCAGGCAGUGGGUCGACGGCCCCCCAAACACCCUGCUGAACGCCCUCGCUCAGGCUGAACUCACAACAUCGACUGUGGGCGCAGGUCAGAACCAGAUCCAGAACCAGAACCACAGACAUGAUGAGACACAAAGAGAAGACAUUGAACUGUCUUCACUGUCAGGUUUAGAGCCGGAGGACGAGGAGGACGAGGAGGACGAGGAGUCUGACAUGGAGAUGGACGAGGAGCGUCUGGAGCCGAGAUCAGACGAUGACGACACGAACUUUGAGGAGUCAGAGGACGAGCUGAGAGACGCCGUGGCGGACUCCAUGAAGAACCUGUUUGUCCCGGAGGACGCGAGCUCGGACGAUGGGACUGAGGAGAACGAGGACGGAGGUGCAGCGAGCGCUGCAGACUCCCAACAGAACCAGGCAGAGGUCCGAGGCCCACCCUCAGACGGCGCCGCCGGGCCGCCUGCGACGGUUUCCUCUGAAGGUGACGGAUCAAACCAAAACACGACGCAGACUUCCUGAGCGCCGGCGGCCAGCCCGAACUCAUCAGUGUUAAUUAAAGGUUCUCGGGUUAACAGCGACACCUCUGGUCGCUCAGUGAACUGCAGCCACUGUCCCGUUAGCACAGUCAUGCUAACUAGCCUGCUAGCCCUUAGCUUAGCUUCAGUUAGCAUGCUAAACCUUCUGUUGGGACUAUUUUCAGCAGCGGAUGAAUAAACGUGUUCCUGGUGAUGAAGACAUGA